UAUUGGGUUCGCACGUGCGACAACCUAAGCCAGUUACUUGCAAAGGACAGAUGUACAGAUAUAGAAGGCAGGAGAGGCUGCAAGGAAGAUAAUGGCGCACGUGGGAUUCCUCUCCUCUUUCCCUUCUCCCUCUCUUUCGCGUCUCAACCUCACCAAAAACCCCAGUCUCUACAAGCCAUUCACGAUGGCAGCUCUGAGCGACGAUCCCAUCCGCGAGUGGAUUCUCACAGAAGGAAACGCUACGCAGAUUACAAGAAUCAGCUCCAUCGGUGGUGGUUGCAUCAAUCUCGCCAAUCGGUACGACACAGAUGCUGGUUCCUUCUUCGUCAAGACAAACAGGAGUAUUGGGCCGUCGAUGUUUGAGGGAGAGGCUCUUGGUUUAAGUGCAAUGUUUGAUACCAAGUCAAUCCGAGUGCCUAAGCCUUUUAAGGUUGGAUCCUUACCACUAGGCGGCUCCUAUAUCAUCAUGGAAUUUGUUGAAUUUGGCUCAUCCAGAAGCAGUCAGUCCAUACUAGGUAGGAAGCUCGCUGAAAUGCAUAAAGCUGGGCAAUCUGACAGGGGGUUUGGUUUUGAUGUUAACAACACGAUUGGCAGUACUCCCCAGAUAAACACUUGGUCAUCAGAUUGGGUUGAGUUUUUUGCUGAGCAUAGAUUGGGUUACCAAUUAAAGUUGGCACGGGAAGAAUAUGGAGAUUCCAACAUUUAUGAGAAAGGUAUAGUACAGGAAAUGGUGUUUUCUCCUCCCUUUCUGCAUGUCUUCUUAGGAAGAUUGAUUGGUUCUUGCUUUCUGGUCAUUCCUUAUCUAACAGGUCAGAGACUGAUAAAAAACCUCAGAUCACUUUUCGAAAAUGUUGAAAUAGAACCAUGCUUGCUACAUGGAGACUUGUGGAGUGGGAACGUCAGCUCUGACAAGAAUGGAGAGCCCGUUAUACUCGACCCAGCUUGUUAUUAUGGACACAACGAAGCAGAAUUUGGAAUGUCGUGGUGUGCUGGAUUUGGAGGAUCAUUCUACAAUUCCUAUUUUGAGGUGAUGCCAAAACAACCAGGCUUUGAGAAUAGGAGGGAUCUGUAUAUGCUAUACCAUUACUUGAAUCACUACAAUCUGUUUGGUUCGGGAUACAGGUCGUCUGCCAUGUCUAUAAUGGAUAACUAUCUGCGAAUGUUAAAAGUUUAAAGGUUCAAUGCAGGAUCCUGGUUUGUGUUGUACAUGUUACAUUUAGAAAAGCUUUAGGUUAUGCAUACAUGUUUAUGCAUGCAAAUUUUAUGUAGUUUUGUCAGUCAGACAAGGUGCUUUAACAGCAUUUGGACUUGCAA